GUCCUGGCAGGGCUGUCACCCCCGGGCGAGCGGUGGGGAGAAGAUGGCCGAGAAGGUGGUGGCCGGGGACCUGUUCCUGCGGCAGGCGCGGGAAUCGGUGUCGUCCCUGGACUCGGACAAGCUGUCCCCCGUGUCACCCGAGGCGGGCGGCGAGGAGUCAUCGGACAGCGAGGGCGAGCAGGAGGGCAGCACCCACAAGCUGAUCCGCAAGGUGUCCACCUCCGGGCAGAUGCGCAGCAAGAAGAGCGUGAAGGAGGGGCUGCUGCUGAAACAGACGAGCUCCUUCCAGAGGUGGAAGAGGAGGUACUUCAAGCUGCGGGGCAGGACGCUUUAUUACGCCAAGGACGCUAAGUCCCUGAUCUUCGACGAGGUGGACCUGUCCGACGCCAGCGUGGCCGAGACCAGCACCAAGAACAUCAACAACAGCUUCACGGUGAGGGCCGGGGGCUCUCCGCGGGGGCACCCCCCGUGCCGCUGGUGCGUGUGUGGGGGGGGGGGGGGGGUCCUGGGGGCUGUCUCCCUGUGGGGUGGCCCUACAAGGGGUCGUGGGGUCCGUGGCUCGCUGCAGGUGAUCACGCCUUUCCGGAAGCUCAUCCUGUGCGCCGAGAACCGCAAGGAGAUGGAGGACUGGAUCGGUGCCCUGAAGUCUGUCCAGAAGUGGGAGAUCCACGAGGCCACGCAGUUCAACAUGGAGCACUUCUCGGGCAUGCACAACUGGUACGCCUGCUCCCACGCCAGGCCCACCUUCUGCAACGUCUGCCGCGAAGCCCUCUCAGGGGUCACCUCCCACGGCCUCUCCUGCGAAGUCUGCAAGUUCAAGGCGCACAAGCGCUGCGCCGUCAGAGCCACCAACAACUGCAAGUGGACCACGCUGGCCUCCAUCGGCACGGAAAUCAUCGAGGACGAGGACGGGGUGGCCAUGCCCCACCAGUGGCUGGAGGGGAACCUGCCGGUCAGCGCGCGCUGCGCCGUCUGCGACCGCACCUGCGGCAGCGUCCGGAGGCUGCAGGACUGGCGGUGCCUCUGGUGCAAAGCCAUCGUCCACAGCGCCUGCAAGGAGCAAUUCGGCAAGAGGUGCCCCCUGGGCCAGUACAAGGUGUCCAUCAUCCCGCCCACCGCCCUGAACAGCAUCGAUUCGGAUGGUGAGUCGGGGAGGGGACAGGGCUCCGCGAGCUCCGUCUCUGCGGGCUCUGCCUGGUGGCACUGCGCCCGCUGCCUCCUGGCACGCUGGGGGUAGCGGCGUCAGUAGGUUCCAGAGUGAACGUCACCCGGAGACGUUCCCUCGCCGCCUCCCGCACCCUCUCCGGAGGGGCCCAGCUGGCCUCCGCCGAGCGAAAUCUGUUCCUCUCCUCCGGAUAUUUCUUCUCUUGUUCUUUAAUGAUUUCCACCGCUCCGCUCAGCCGGUGGCUCAUCUGCUGCUCGUUACUCAUCAGGAUGCUGUCAGGGCAACCAUCACGCGGCUUCUCCUCCCUCCUCGGAGCCGUGCCUGGGGACCGGGGUGGCCGAGGUGUCCCCAAGCCGGCUGCGGGCCAGCUCUUAUCGAUCCUCCCGCCUCGGGCACAUUUCAUUCCCGGUCUCAUUUCUCUAAAAGCACGCUGCUGGCUGCCAAGCCUCCCCGGCCAGCUUGCGGCAUCUGCACCCACCCGCCAGGUUGGCAGAGCUGGGCGGGACGCUGCAGCCUCCGGGGGCGGCGGGUCCCCGGGGGGCACCGGGUGCCACUGGGGCGGAAUGGGGAUCCCCACCCGGCGAGGAAAGGAGCCCC